AUGAAAGUAUGGAGUGAGGAAUGGAGGUGCGCACGAUUGCGGCUACAUCUUCGCCACGAAGAGCUCUUUCAAGGGGAGACUGUACACAUGCAAGUGUUUGCGGACGUGUUGCUAUCUUGUGGUGGUUCUACAGCUUCAAAUACCAACAUUGAGGGGCUCGAAACUACUAAUCAAUUGCUGCAACGUUGGCAGGAACAGUGUCAAGGUGCUCGUGUCCAUAUUCAAGUCGUAGAGGUCCCCAAAACGGACUCUCACGCGACCAGCUUCACUCCAUCCUCGGCCACUUUGUUUCGGCAGGAAACACAAUUUUUUCACGUCUCGGUGGAUCACCUAGAGGGUGAAGCUGGAGCAGUCGUGGCGCUAACAGCUCACUUUGACUUGAACAUUGGUCACGAGUUCCUGGACCGACCAGUGCUGCUGACUGUGCACAUGACACCAAAGAUUGGUGUUGCUCGUCUUGCUCAAGGGGUUAAUGGUCCCGAGCCGCUGGAGUUUGGAUCAAGAGAGCCUAUAGAAGCUUUGCUGCUUCGAGAUGAGUGGGUGAGCGAUCUGCUUUCACUUACUCGAGAAGAAGCUCAGCCGAUGCCGCUGAUGACACGUCGUGUCGAGCAGCGCAUUGUCGUCACAAAGCCGUUGCAGCUUGAGAUCAAGAUCCGUGAGUUGGCUGAACGGCGUGUGGGGGUCCUGGCUCGAGUGUUGAAUACACACUCAACGUUGGGGUUGACGGUGAAAGACUUACAUCUUUAUCUGGACCAAUCUUUACAAGCACAGAAUGCGUUAAGCAAAGAGGUGAGACGCUUCCGUAUCGUGCGUGGCGACAGGGUGUCGUUUCCAGUUGUAUUACAACCUCAAGAGCGCUAUAACUUCCUCUUCGUACUGGAGCCAGUAGAGGUUAUGGUGUCUGAAGAGCCACUCGGAGCACCUGAUGACAAUAAGCAAGCGACGACGAUGACAUUGACAACCACGGUGCAGAAGAAAGUUGAGUCAUCACAUCGCUGUACGGCAUCUACUCAGCAGCUUGCUUUGUUGACACUGUCCUGGCAAGCAAACAAUGUUUCCAUGGAUGCUACCACAGAAACUCAUACAAUCGUUUGGUCUCCGAAGGCACCCUCACACUCGUUUUCUUCGCUUCUAAGUGGCGAGCACGAGGCACAGACCGAUUUACAAAAGCUGGUGAUGUUUGCAGUAGAAGGACACUUCAAGCAAGGUGGAAACUCCUUUGCUGAUUUCAAAUGUGUGCGCCUUCUUCCGGACUCGGCGUUGCAGACGAUCAUUGCACCACUUGCAUCCAGCUUAUCGAUUGGGGAUGCAGCUGAAUUGUGUGCGACGGUGACGAAUCGCUCGGCGCACACCAGUUUUGACUUGACGCUAGUGCUCCCAACACAAAGCGAAGACGGUAUAGGUCGGAAGAAUGGUGCUGCAGCCACAGUUGUGGGUUUUGAGUCCUCUCACCGAUUGGGGUUGGUGCGUCCAGGCAUGAGCAUCCGACAAAGUUUGCACGUAGUAUUUCUUCGGAUGGGCAAGUGUAAACUGGGCCCAUUGGUACUUGUAGAUCACUUGACCCGUACUUGCUUCGUAUCUGACGACUGGGACAUAUUUGUGAAAAUGUAA